GGACACCCAGGACAUCUUUUUAAGUAGUGUCUAUGUUGGGCAUGGACUGGUUUGAAGCAAGCCUAGGAGCCCCAGCCGCUAACGUCUGGGGGCAGGAUCAUGUCUGCUAACAAAGGCUGGUGGGCACCACCUGAGGGUGAGGACAGCAUGCCUGAGAAGUUCCUGAGGAAGACCAGGGAGUCUCUGCUGGUGCCUAUAGGCUUAGGAGGCUGCGUGGUGGUGGCAGCAUACAGGAUUUACCGGCUGAAGGCUCGUGGUUCCACCAAGAUGUCCACACACCUGAUUCACACCCGAGCGGCAGCACAGGCCUGUGCUGUGGGUGUGAUCAUGCUGGGUGCGGGGCACACGAUGUACAGAGACUACAUCAAGAGAACCGCGCGGGAUGCUGGGCAGAAGUGGGACUCCUACAGGCCUGGGGCAGUCAGACCUCUUCGAUCAAUGCCUGGCCGCCUCCCUGGGGACCAGGCAGGAAGGCUGCAGCUGGGAGCAGAGUCAGUGAGGCCUCAUGGGGGACAACACGGAUCCAGAACCCAAGCGCCAGGAUGA